CCAAGACCAACGCCUCUCCUCCGCCCAACAAAAAGAUAACAUAUGCCUUUGGAAGGGCCUUCCUGUCUUCUCCGCUUGUAAUUCUGGCCUGUGGAGAGGAUGUGUUUCUGAAUUUUUCUCUUCUAAAUCUAAUCACACACUCUCGAAUCCAUGGUUGCAUUAGCCUUGUCAUCCUCUCUCCACGCCUCUAAUUCGUCAAUCUAUGGUUCAAUCAAACUCAACCCAUGUUGUCCCACACCAUCACUCCUCACUGCAACAAAAAUUUCUCAGAAUACUACGAGAAAAAACUCGUCUCGUUCUCGCAGAUUGACAGUCUUUGCAGUGACCGAGGGCUCGAGCAAAGAGAAGGAAGAAGAAUCAAUACCUUCAUGGGCUAGACCAGACUCGGACGAGCCUCCUCCUUGGGCUCGAGACGAAGCGUCUCAGAGUGCUUCGCAGCAGAGCUUUCAGAUCCCCUUCUUCGUCUACUUGCUUGCCUCUGCUAUCACUGCAAUUGCCGCCAUUGGUUCUGUUUUUGAGUACUUGAAUCAAAAACCUGUUUUUGGUGUUUUGAGCUCAGACAGUGUCUUUUAUGCUCCGUUGCUCGGAUUCUUUGCUUUUACUGGCAUACCCACCUCUGCAUUUUUGUGGUUCAAAUCCGUUCAAGCUGCCAACAAGGAGGCUGAGGAACAAGACCGGAGGGAUGGUUUUCUGUAGAGUCAAAUUUGCUGCAUGGGCCAGCAGCCAUAAUCAUUAGUAUUGAACUCAUACUUUAGGGCCCUGUAUAACCCAUAUUCUGUUAAAUUCAAUUAUACUUUUGUAAGGUACACCAACACUGUAUAACCCAUAUUCUGUUGAAUUCAAUUAUACUUUCUUGAGGUACACCAACAACUGCAUUUGCAAAUGAAUUUACCAUCAGUGUUUCUCUUC